ACAACACACACUCAGUUUAAACAGUAAACUGUGUAUCGACUUCCUCCCAGAACAGGAAGUCCAGCCCAAUGAGCAGAGAGCAGAGCUCAUUCUGCUCAUUGCCUGUCCAACGACAGGGGAGCAAGGGGCACUGGACCAAGACACACUCACACACUUGCAGAACUCUCUAUUAGACUGUUGAUUGGGAUAACAGCAGUGAUGGAAGACGUGGACACUAUCUUCACUGACCUGCUGGGUGAGAUGGACCUCCUCACUCAGAGUUUGGGGUCAGAGGUCAUCUCCAGAGAUGUCAUCAGCUCCAUCGGCUUCUCCGACCUGAACGAGUCUCUGCAGCAGUUGGAGGACCGUGAUCUGGAUGCUCUGAUGGCUGACCUGGGGUCAGAGCUGGGGUCAGAGCUGGGGUCAGAGCUGGGGUCAGAGCUGGGGUCGUCCCAGGGGUCAGAGCUGGGGUCGUCCCAGGGGUCAGAGCUGGGGUCGUCCCAGGGGAGGCGCUCCGCAGGGGGGAUGACCGGGCGGGAGGACAGCCAGUGGGGGGCUCUUCCUCCUCCCCCGCCGCCUCCCUCAAACAUCUCCCCAGAACCAGGACCCGGAACAGGACCAGAACCUGGACCAGGAACAGGACCUGGACCAGGACCAGAACCAGGAACAGGAACAGAACCUGGACCAGGAACAGGACCAGAACCUGGACCAGGAACAGGACCAGAACCUGGAUUAGAAACAGGACCAGGACCAGAACAUGGAUUAGAACCAGGACUAGGAACGGGACCAGGAAAAGUCCUCUUUUCAGAGGCAGAGCAAGAGGCCCAGGCCAAAGCUGACAAGAUCAAGCUGGCUCUGCAGAAGAUCCAGCAGGCCAAGAUCAGGAAGCUGGUGGUGAGGGUGUUCCUGGAGGACGGCAGCUCCAAGACGCUGAUGGUGGACGAGCGGCAGACAGUGAGACACGUUCUACACGACCUGUUUGAAAAGACGCACUGCGACCACAGCCUGGACUGGAGUCUGUGUGAGACCAACCCUGAACUGCAGGCGGAGCGGGGCUUCGAGGACCAUGAGAAGCUGGUGGAAGCUCUCUGUUCCUGGACACGAGACAGCAGCAACACCCUCAGCUUCCUCAGAAGAACCAGCAAGUACUCCAUCUUCACACAACCACAGGUGUUUUAUCAGUGGAGAAAGAGCAACCAAGUCCUGAAUGACAACAGUGAGAGGCAGAAGGACAUCCUGCUGAAGGAGAACUUUGAGGGAGGGCCAGUGAGGGUUCCAGACCUGGAGGGCCCCCUCUUCCUGAAGGAGGGUGGCAAAAAGUCAUGGAAACAACGCUACUUCCUGUUGCGCCCUUCCGGAAUAUACUAUGUUCCUAAGGGAAAGACCAAGACAUCCAUGGACCUGGCUUGCCUCCUCCAGUUGGACCAAGUCAACAUCUACACCACCUCAGACUACAGACAGAGACUCAAAGCUCCAACAGACCACUGCUUCAUACUGAAGCACCCCAGGAUUCAGAGGGAGUCCCGGUACGUGCGCUUCCUGUGUUGUGAGGACGAGCCCAGUCUGCUCCUCUGGGUCGCCUCCAUCCGGGUCGCCAAGUACGGGGCCGUCCUGUAUAAGAGCUACCAGGCAGCACUGAAGACAGCCUCCACCUUCAGCUCCACCCCUCUCCUGACCUGCCUGACUGACUCUGCCCCGACCACACCCUCCAGUCAGCCCAGAGCAAGAAGAACCAAUGAGGAGGCUUCACAGACCUGUCAAUCAACUCCUAUCUCCUCCUCCUCUCAAAUCCAGCCAAUGGCAGAAGACAUCCAGGACGACUCAGAGCCUCCCCCUGACUUCAAGCCCCCGCCCCCUCCUGCGAGGGGCUCCAACAACGUUUAAGGGAUCACUGUUUUACAACCUAGGGUGGCCCACAUGGAAGGAGUUAUUAAUGAUAUGACCAUUAAGGGUGCAAGCUCCACCCGUCUGGGCUGGCCUGGGAUGCAAAACCUGGAAGUAGGGGGAGAAAAGAUAAAGUUGUUAUACAUUUUUCUUUAGUUAGAAUUAGUGUUCACAGGAAAACAUGCAGUUUAAAUGGGACUGCGUCUUCCCAUCUUGAAGCCCUUUAAAUUAAUGAAGUGUUGUCGCCAUCUAGGGGUAAGUCUGGGGAAGUACAUGUGUUAUGUGAGUGACAAUAAACCUGUGCUUAUGUAUGUAUUAAAAA